AUGACUGACCGUGCUCCCUCUCCUCCCUCAACGGGAUACAGUAUUAUUGAUAUUCGACAUGCUUCACUAGACAAGCAUGUGGAUGAAGUGGCUGUUGAUAGACCUCCUUCUCCUCCUCGCUCCUCAGAUACUUCUGAAGAUGCAUUUGAUGAUUCUAGUUUGGUAGACACCAUUGUAGACUCACUCAAUAAACCCUUGAAUCACAAGUCAAUUCCCACCUAUAUUCUUUAUGACAAGAAGGGUCUUCAAUUGUUUGAUCAAAUCACUCAAUUGGAUGAUGAAUACUAUCUGACGGGCGCUGAAUUAGAUAUUCUUCAAACAAACUCUGACGAAAUCAUUGCUCAUCUUGAAGAUGGUAGCGUGCUUUUUGAAUUAGGUGCUGGUGCACUCAGGAAAACGCAAGUGAUUUUAAGGGCGAUUGAGAAACGAAAGAUUCAUGUGACCUAUUAUGCUUUGGAUCUUGACCAGCACGAAUUGGAUCGUUCUUUGGCUUCUUUGGGUGACUUUAGCUAUAUUCAGUUAUAUGGUCUCUUGGGUACUUAUGAUCAAGGCAUUCCUUGGAUUACACACCAUUUUACAAACAAGCAAAUCCAAAAGAACUUUUUAUGGAUGGGUAGCUCUGUUGGCAAUCAAAACCGCCUUGAGUCUACCAUGUUCCUCCGCAAGAUUCAAAGGAUGUGUAUGGAACCUGGUGAUUUGUUCUUGAUUGGCUUUGAUAAACGAAAUGAUCCUGCAAAGAUCGAAUUGGCUUAUGAUGACUCGUACGGUGUUACGCGUGAAUUUAUCAUGAAUGGUUUGGACCAUGUGAACCAUAUUAUGGGACAAGCUGAUUUUAUUCAACGCGACUUGUUUGACUAUCACUCCAUUUAUCAAGAAAAACAAGGUCGUCAUCUUUCGCAUUAUCGCGCCUUGCAAGACAUGACAAUUCGUUACAAGGAAACUGAAAUUAAGGUUCAAAAAGACGAGCUUAUUCAUGUUGAACAUUCCUACAAAUAUUCUCUUGGCGAAAUCGAAAGUAUUCUGGCUGCUGCUGACCUUAACUUGCUCAACUAUUGGCUAGACUCCAAAGAUCAAUACCGUCUUGCGAUGGCUCAGAAUCGUCCCUUUAAUUUCGAACGCAACAUGAAACAAGUCCAUGACGUGUUGUACCCUUCUCCAUCUUUGUUUGAACAGGAACCUAUUGCUUGCUACCACUGCAAUGAAGGGCAAUUGGAACUCACUGAAUCACAGGAUAAAGGAGGCCAGGGUAAAAACACCUGUUGGCCCACUCAAGUGCUUCCUUCUUUGCAUGAAUGGCAAGAGCUCUGGAAAUCGUGGGACUUGGUAACACAACACAUGUUGGACCACAAAACUAUGUUGUUUGAACGUCCUAUUGCCUUACGCCAUCCUUUUAUUUUUUACCUUGGUCAUAUUCCUGGUUUCUUGGACAUUCAACUCUCAAGACAUCAAAUUGAUAAGGAACUCGGUACAACAGACCUGACUGAGCCCAAGUCGUUUGCUGAUAUCUUUGAACGCGGUAUUGACCCUGACAUGGAAGAUCCUACGCAAUGCCAUCCUCACUCCGAGGUACCGGUCCAUGAUGCUGACUGGCCUUCUGUUGAGUCUAUACUAGCGUAUCAAUCCUCGGUACGACAACGUCUGCAACGCCUUUUGCUAUUUUGGGAAUCCGAAGCGUUUGAAUCACAAUCCCCUGCCUGGGUCCAAACAAGAAUGCGUCAGGCUCGUAUUGUUUGGAUGUGUUUUGAACAUGAAGCCAUGCAUCUUGAAACACUCUUGUACAUGCUUGUUCAAAGUCCUCAUAUCUUGCCUCCUAAAGGUGUUGCUUUGCCUUCUUGGAAAUUGUACAACCACCCCAAACAAUUGGCUCCUUUGGCUGAGGCACCUUUGAUGCAAUUACCUGCUGGUACUGUUGUGUUAGGUCACCACGACCACGAAUCUUCCGAUUUGUCAAACAAUACCUUAAAUGUUCAGUUUGGAUGGGACAAUGAGCAUCCAGAACGUCAGGUGCAAGUUGGAGCCUACCAAAUUCAGACGAGACCAGUAACGAACGGUGAAUACUAUCAGUACCUUCAAGACACCAAAUCCAAUGCAUUGCCUGCUUCUUGGUUAAAUAACAAAGACGGUAUCUUUAUCAAGACCGUAUUUGGUCCUUGUCCCUUGGCUCAUGCUCAGUACUGGCCUGUUCAACUGUCUCAUAAAGAAGCAAAAGGUUAUGCUGAUCACAAAGGUGGUCGUCUUCCUACUGAACCAGAAUUGGUGCGUUUCCGACAAGUGACUGGCCAUACCAACAAGAACACCAAAUGGGCUAACAUCGGUUUUGAUAACUGGAGUCCUACGGAUGUAAGUAACGACCAAGUCCACAACUUGGGCGAUGUAUGGGAAUGGACAGAAACUGUAUGGGAUAUGCAUGAAGGUUUUGAAGCUUCUACUAUCUACCCUGGUUACUCUGCCGAUUUCUUUGAUGGAAAACACCACGUUGUCCUUGGUGGUAGUUGGGCUACUCACCCUCGUAUUGCUGAGCGCACAACGUUUAGAAAUUGGUAUCAAUCUGGAUACCCUUAUGUCUUUAGUGGCUUCAGACUUUGUCACUAA